AAGCCAAGACCUAACAUCAGUCGGGUGGCAACUGUCGAGCAUGUGCGUGGUUCCUCGUGCUUGUUUAGUCGCGUCUUAAAUCGCACACAGAACACAAUUGCAUGUACACCCUAGUAUGUGAACAAACGACAGACAGUUCGCGAACAUGUGAUUUUGACAGAAAACAGAGUUCGUCAACGCUCGUUAUUACGUGCGUGAAAAGUGAAGUUUUUCCUGCCCGGAUAUAUCGUUACCCUGCAACAGCCUCGUUCGAGGGGGUGGAGAAUAAUGUUCUGAGCCGUGAGCCACGCACAUCAUGGUUGCUAAGCACUUCACGCAGGGCUCGAGCCCUGAGUUGGGUGUCCCGGAUAUGACAGUGAUCAGCGAUAUCGACGAAACGGGAAUCAAUCGAAACCUUCAAGUUCGAUAUGGAAGGGAUCAAAUAUAUACGUAUACCGGAUCCAUAUUGGUGGCUGUGAACCCCUACAAAGAAGUGGACUUCUACACGAACGAAUACGUGAAUCGAUACCAUGGCCAAAAAAUGGGUUCGUUGGAGCCACAUGUAUUUGCAUUGGCGGAAGCGGCGUAUAGAUCACUUCAGGAUACAGAGAGCAAUCAAUCCUGUGUGAUAUCUGGUGAAAGUGGCGCAGGCAAAACGGAAACCACAAAAUUCAUCUUACAGUAUCUUUGCUCUGUGACCAGUAAUGUCGAUACGUGGGUGGAACAACAAAUUUUGGAAGCGAACACUAUCCUCGAAGCUUUCGGAAACGCGAAGACAGUGAGGAAUGAUAAUAGCUCUCGGUUUGGCAAGUUCAUGCAAGUAUGCUUCGACAGCAAGUGGAUGAUCAAGGGAUGCAUUAUCCAAGAUUAUUUGCUCGAGCAGAGUCGCAUAACAUUUCAAAGCGCCGGCGAGAGAAAUUACCACGUGUUCUAUCAGCUGGUCGAGGCUGGGACUAGGGAUAAGGAAUUCGCCGAACAAUAUAAACUGAUGCCAGCCAGUCACUACAAAUAUUUGAAUCAGUCUGGCUGCGUGAAAAUCGAUGGAAUCUCCGAUUGCAAGAAGCUGGAUGCUCUUAGGCUUGCAUUUAAUGUACUACAGGUCGCGCCAGAAAUGUGCGAGGGUAUUUUCAGAGUCCUGUCUGCCAUUCUCUGGCUCGGAAAUUUAAACUUUGAAGAUGUGGAUGGUGAGAGAUGCGAGCUAACUAAAGAAGACCUUGACAUCGUUGGUACAGUUGCACCUUUGCUCGGACUUCAGGUUGAAGAUCUCACCAAGGUGGUUUUGAUACGACAGAUAAACGUCCGAGGAAAUAUCACCGAGAUACCAUUGAAAGUUCAAGAAGCCCGUGAAAAUAGACACGCUAUGGCGAAAGCAUUAUACUCGAGAACGUUUGCCUGGUUAAUCAAUCAUAUAAAUAAUUGUACAAACCCUGGCCAGGAUAGCUCAAGGUUUCUUGGUGUUUUGGAUAUAUUUGGCUUUGAGAACUUUGCCGUGAACAGUUUCGAGCAACUCUGUAUUAAUUAUACGAACGAGAAGCUGCACAAGUUUUUCAAUCACUACGUGUUCGCGCUGGAACAGGAACUAUACCGACAGGAAGAGAUCCAAUACUCCCAUAUCACCUUCACGGACAACACCAUGUGCCUGGAAUUAAUCGAGAAACCUCCACGAUGUGUUCUUAAAUUACUAACCGAACAGUGCCAUAUGCCGAAAGGUUCAGACCUAGCUUAUUUGACCAAUUUGCAUGCAGAAUUCGAGAACCAUCCGUGCUAUGUGAAAGGAGAUGAUCGACGAAAAUGGGAAAAAGAAUUUGGUGUAAAACAUUACGCAGGUUGCGUAACGUAUACGGUCGAGGGAUUUGUGGAUAAAAAUCGAGAUGUACAACAAGACGUGUUCUUCGAUUUCAUGUCUAGAAGUACAAAUGAAUUUGUGCAAGAAAUUACAGUUUAUCAAGAUCUCUUGGGAUGUACAGUAGCCCGUGCAAGCGGUGGAAAUGCGACUACUAUGUCUCGUGGAACUUCGAAAGGCAAACCAACGCUUUGCGAUUCCUUCAGGCAUCAGUUGCAAGCUUUGGUCGAUGUUCUUCAAGCUACUAUACCCUGGUAUGCCAGAUGUAUCAAACCUAAUAUGCAAAAGAUUGCAAAUCAUUAUGAUGAGAAAUUGGUUCUGGACCAGUUGAAAUAUUUAGGCAUGUUGGAUAUUAUUAGAAUCAGGAAAGAAGGUUUUCCUAUACAUAUGCCCUUCCAUGACUUUAUAGCAAGAUAUCGUUGUCUGGAAAAAGGACGUAUGUCGCGUACUUACAAUGAAAAAGAAUCUGUUAGAUCCUUGAUUAGUAGUCAAGGUAUACCAGAGACCGAAUGGCAAAUAGGCAAGACCAAAGUAUUUUUAAGAAGUUACGUACACGAACCUUUGGAAGACUGUAGAAAUCAAAUGGUUACUAGUAAUGCAAUAAUGAUUCAGAAAAUAUGGAGGGGUUAUACAGUUCGACGUGAAUAUAAACGCAUAAGAGAUGCUGCAUUGAAAGUGCAACAUGCAUACCGAGGCUGGAAAUUGAGAAUAAUGUUUAUUAGAAAACGAAGAGCAGCUAUUGUGAUACAAAGUCAUUUGCGUGGUGUAUUUGCAAGAGAAGUUGCAGCCGCUUUGAGAGAAAUGAGGCGGGUAGAUGAAGAAAUGAGAAAAAGAGAGAGAUUGGAAGAGGAGAGAAGAUUAAUGGAAGAUAAGAAAGCUUUGGAAGAAAGUCAAAGCGCGCAGUACAAUGGUAUUGUUGGAAUGGAACCCGGAAAAGCACAAGAAGAAAUUGCUGCAUUGUCGCAAAUGGCGGAGCAAAUGAAUUCUAAAAUGGCUGCAUCAGAUUUACAAUCUGUAGACUUAGACAAUCUAUUUUCAUUCUUGUCUGAUGUACAAUCAUCAAAAGGUAAUCAGAUCAUCGAAGAAAUUGGCGAACAAAUGGACGAAUUGGUAGAAGAUCUUGAUGUAGAAUUAGAAACUGUAAUUCAACAAGAAUUGGAAAUGAAUUCGAAAGCAGAAUCUAAAGCAAAUACUCCAAAUGGACAAGAAGUUACCUCACCAUUGCAACAACAAUCUCAAAGAAUACCUUGUUCAAAUACUGGCAAACUUGGUCAGCCGAGUCUUCCAGAACCUACUGAACCUCCUCCACCUCCACCACCUCCUACUACAUUAACAAUAAAUGGUGAUUCUUCUACUGAUAAUGGAGAGCCAAUUUAUGAGUCUGUGUUACCACGCGAAGAAAAUAGUCCUAGUAGUCCAAUUUUAAUUAAUGGAAAUUCUGGACCAUUGGUCAAUGGUGAAUCGUGUGGUUCACCUCCGCCAGUACCAAAUAACAAAAUCAUGAAAGAAUCAAUUGCUGGUAGUCCUCCAUCUAGACCAGGAUCUAGAAAUUCAAACAGUCAUCAUUUACAUCAUAAUCAUCACGAACCAAUACCUCAACAACAACAGAAUGGCCAUGAUCAACAACAACAACAAUCACAACAAUCUCAACAACCACCUGUAGAAAGAGAACAGAGACGCAAAUGUAGAGUAGAACGUAAACUUCAAGAAUUGGAAGACAAAAAAGAAUCUGAUAACGAAGUUACUUAUCAUGAUAUUGUAGAGUUUGCACAAAAUUAUUUCAAUAGUCAUGAACGAUCUCCAGAAGGUACGAUAAUGGCUACACUUACUAGAAAGUCACGUGGCAAGAGUGUAGAAUAUAUUCCCAAGUAUGAAAUGGUUACUUAUUAUAAAGGUUCUACUAUACCAAAUUCUCAUAUUCAUAUGUAUGAUCCUGAUAACGUUAAUGUAGCUUGUUCAGUCUUUAGAGACCUUUGUAAGUAUAUAAGAGGAGAAAUGAAACUAGAUCAAGAAAUUGCAACCAUUCAAAGCAUAAUUGGUUACGGUAUUGAACGUGAAGAAUUAAGAGAUGAAAUUUUCGUUCAAUGUAUGAGACAAGCAACUAAUAAUCCCAACCCAGAAUGGGCUGAACGAGUAUGGUUAUUGCUCUGUUUAGCUAUCGUUGCUUUCCAACCUAGUAAACUAUUGUACAAAUACUUUGUAUCUUUCUUACGAAAGAAUUUGGCUCUUGAAGGCAAACUUCGACAGUAUGUUCAAUGGUGUGUGGAUAAUUGUAAAAACAUGAAAGUUUCCUGUAGACAACAUCCACCAUCGACUGUAGAGAUUGCCGCUAUGAGACGAUUAGGCACUAUAGUUUGCCGAUUUUUCUUUUUGGAUGGAAGAACCAAAGCAAUUGAUGUACAUCCGACAGAUACUGCUGCCGAUGCUGUUGCCAAAUUAGGUGAAAAGUUAGGUCUUAGAUCUCUAGAAGGUUGGGCAAUUUAUCAAAGUAGACCAGAUGGAGAGGAACAUGUACGAGCACAUGAUUAUUUGUACGAUGUUAUAGCCGCUUGGGAAAUGAAACAAUGCAAACUAAACACAGCACAAUCAACCUUUUCAACGCUUCGUCGUGGAAAUAAUGCUACUUUAGGAAGUGGUGAUAAUCGAUUCGUUUUCAAACGAAGACUUUUCCGAAAUACCCGAGAAAUAUCUCAAGAUCCUGUCGAGGUUAAUAUGUUGUAUGCUCAAGCUGUAUAUAACGUUGUGAAGUGUGACGACUUUCCAGUAUCUGAAAAGGUUGCGCUCCAAUUAGCAGGCUUACAAGCGCAAGUCGCUUUGGGCGAUCCAAAAGAUAACGAUCGAUUAGAUUAUUAUAGCGAAGUUGAUAGUUUUUUGCCUUAUCGAAUCAGUCGAGCCCGUGGCGAUGAUGUUUGGGUGCCAAUAAUAGCGCAGGCACACAGACAGUAUGGCGCCGGUCGCAAAGAAUUGGCUGCCAAGGUGUUAUAUUUAUCUUGUGUAAUGCAAUACCCUCUCUACGGCACGACUAUGUUCAACGUUACUUAUCGAGGUUAUUGGUCUUAUGGCAAUCAAUUAAUCUUAGGUAUCAAUUGUGACGGAUUGAUGUUGAUUAAACCAGAUGACAAAUUCGUCUUAUCGGAAUAUCGUUAUCAGGACGUAGAAAGCAUCAUGUUAGAUCCGAGCGAUUCUUUCAUAACAUUGUCUCUUCUUCGACACAAUCCCGAUAGUUCUCAUAAGUGUUUUGUUUUUGAAACACCGCAGAAAAAUGAGAUAGGUAGUUUGAUCGUUAGUUACUGUCCUGCACUGGCAGGUUGGAUCACGGAAAAUGAGGUUCCUACUAAGAAACUCAAAUGUAUCACUAACGAAGAUCGUAUUAGACUUUAUCAUAAUUUAGUUAAUUGUCGGCGAACAUUAGUAGACGCGGAGAUACUAAGAAAACCUCAAGAUUCUGGUGGAGGAUUUCUGAGAAAUACUUUGCGAAGAUUAUCUAAACACCGAAUAGAAAAACUUAGACAAGAACAUGGUAGCGCAACUGAUCAUGGUGAAACUUAUAAAGGAUUUCCUUAUGCUUACUGGGCAUUUAGUAGACAAGCUAUACCUCAAAGUCUUUCGAAACUGCCAGAUCCUGAUGAGCAAAUGGGUCUCAGUGUAUUCCAAUUAAUUUUGACUUAUGCCGGGCUAGGGCAAAACGGAGACACUGUUCGUAGAGUAGAAGAUGAACACGUGAAUUUAAUACAAACCGUAAUGGAACGUUGUAUAAGAAAAGAAAAUUUGUUAGGUGAAUUGUAUCUUCAAUUGAUCAAACAAACUACGGAUCAUCCUGAUCCUAAUAGCCGCGUCAAUCUCAGGCAUUGGGCGUUACUUUCUUUGGCCUGCUCAGUUAUCUUACCCCCACAAAAAGUCGUUCGAAAAUAUCUGAUAGCACAUUUGAAACGAUGUGCUAGUGAUUACGUUACCGAAGAGGGGAAGUACGCCCGAUUUGCUGAAAAGUGCCUUUACAGAACGCAAGGCACAAGAAGAAGACAAUGGCCGCCAAGUAGGGAAGAGAUAAUGUGCACGAUUAAUCGCAGACCUAUUUACGCAAGAUUCCAUUUUAUGGACGGGCAGUAUCAUGCUGUUGAAUUUCAUCCAUCAGCCACUGCUAGAGAUGUGAUGGAGAUUAUCAAAACUAAAAUUGGUUUAGAAGAAACUGCCAUGGGAUAUGCCAUUUAUGAGGUCUUAGGUCCAACUGAACGAGCCCUUAUACCGGAAGAAAAAAUUGCUGAUGUAAUGUCAAAAUGGGAACGUUACAGAACGGCGAAUGCACAACAAAAUCAAACUCAGAGAAAACAUGCACAUCAUUUCUUCUUAUUUAAAAAACAUUUGUUCCUUGAUCAGUAUAUGAACCUUGAUGAUCCGGUGGAGAAAGAAUUGCUUUAUCAUCAAGUACUGCAUGAUUUACGUGCAGACAGAUUUCCUAUCACUGAAAAAGAAGCUAUGAUGUUAACAGCGUUACAAGCGCAAUUAGAACUUGGUGAUUGUGAAAAUGCUGUGUCUGAUUACGAUUAUCGUACUAUAUCAAGUCACUGCCUGCCUCCAAGACUGGUUCCAACAUUGUGUAUAGAAGGUGUACUUCAACAUCAUCAAUCGUUACGAGGAAUGACACCACCUGAAGCGAAGAAAGCUUUCUUAAAUUUAAUUCAGUCAUGGCCACUUCACAGAGCUACGAUAUUCGAUGUCAUGCAAUCAUUUACUUCAAACUGGCCACGUGUUUUAUGGUUGGCCGUUGAUCAACAAGGUCUUCAUCUUCUGGAACAUCGUUCCAGGAAUACUCUUUGUACCUACGAAUAUAGCAGUAUUCUAAGUUAUAGUCCAGCUGUUAGUUGUUUGAUGAUUAUCACUGGUACUGAUAAGAAGCAAAGCAAAGUUAUUCUUACGACAUCUCAGGCACAUCAAAUUGCGAAUCUAAUUCGCGAAUAUAUGGAUGUCCUUCAAUCACCACCGGAAAUACCAAAAAGAGAAUCGGCGAUAGCUCAACAAAUUACUCAACAACCGAUUCAACAACCGACAAAUCUUCCGGCUGCUACCGGUAGUCGUAAAUCUCGACCUGCUUCGGUAUUACACAGAGGUGCUCCAGUGAUACAAUCACAAGCUAGUUAAAAGAUUAGAUAACUUAUUAGAUAUAAUACUUCUCCUCAACCUCAUACUUUAUUCGUUACCUCGUUAAGGUAAAUUUCUCUUUUUAUCUUAUAUUUAUAAUAACUAUAUCUAACAUACAUUUAAUUUAAUGAUAAUCAUAAUUUUAAUUAAUUUUAACUUAUACUACUUAUUUUAUUUAUGUUAAAUUUUUUUAUAUACUUUUGAUAUUUUUGUGUUAAGUUAAAUUUUUUAUAAAACAUAAUAAUUGUAGAAUAAUUUCAGUAUCAGGUUGCAGUGAGAAAGUAUCUCUGUAAUUAAUAUUUUAUUGGCAAGGCCUAUCAGGCAAGGCGAUCAGGUCUCAUCGCAAUGAGACGGGUACUAGCCUAGAAAUACUUUUUUCUUCCAGUAUUUAUUCAAUUAGCUUAGAGCUCAAGAGACGUCGAAAGGAAAAUAUAGCUACUGCCAUUAAAAUAAUAGAUUAGCAAAUGGAUUGACAAAUAACUGCCAUUUUACGAUUUUAAAAAAACUAUUACGAAAAGCUGUCGGAGACUUCUAUUUCUAUUUUAUCCGUCAUUGUCGUUGUCUUUUUUACGAGCGAUUGUCAAUGUUUUUUAUAAAGUUUUUUGCAGGAUAUACAAUCACGAAGGACAAUUAUUAAAUCAAUCUUUAAACACUAAUCCAAUAUAAUAAUAUCAAUACUUUUGGCAUAUCAUUUUUUUGUAUCGUUCGAUGAAGGGUGAUUAUAAAAUUUUUGAUAUCAUUUUACUCGAAUGAUAUCAAAAACGACCAAUUAAUUAAUUUUCAAUUUUGUCUUUUUUAUUAAUCACUCCAUUCAACGAUACAAUUAUAUAAUAUAAUAAUACAGAAUCUUUGUGAUUCUGUCUGAUAUUGCAGUCGGCGUUUCAAAAUUUCAAGUGUUAACUUUACGCAAAAUUUAUAAUACGAUUAUAUAUAUUAUAUUUAGACACAAUAUUUCACGUAAAAUUUUACUCAACGUAUAGUAAAAAAAAUAUAAUAUAAAAAUAUAUAAAAAUAACAUUUUGGAAGAAGAUAGCAAAAGCAAAUUUCUUAAACUCGUAUUUUAUCGAAUAUAUUUGAAAAUGAAAGUUGAAUGAUAAUCUAUGCUUUUUUUAAUAGACAAUCUUUUCGUGCUAUCAUCCUUUUUCUCGUAAAAUUUAUAAUUAUGUGAAUGGUGAAAACAAGUAGUUCAAUUAAAAAAAAAAAAAAAAAAGAAACUAUCGUUUAUGUGAAAAUUUAAUGAAAACUCAUAAUUCCGACACGAUCGCAUUGAUCGAAAAAAUUGCCACGAAAUUGCGUCCAAAAAACUUUCUUUCUUUAAUCGUACUUUUCGCUCGAUAUUUUUGGUGUGUAAAUAUCAAACAAACAAACAAAAAAAAAAAUGUUUAAACUUAAAACAAUAAUAUUAGGUUCCAAUUAAAAUUCUCCAGUGUUCAGUGAUUAGAUUUCCAUAUAAAUUAGAUUUAAAGCUUACUUAUAUACAGAAAUGACAAUUAUCUAAUUGUAAUUUAACUCUUUCAAAUAUCAAUCUUUCAUAAUGUAGCAUGAAAUUCGUAAAAAAAUUGAAGCUCUUUCAAAUCUUUACACUGUUUACUUAAUGUAGAAAUGUCAUUAGUUUUUUUUUUUUUUGCUAAUAUUACAAUUUUAAUGAAAUUCUUCGAUAAUGUAAUUUACGAAAUCCAAUAUUAAAAAAUAUUAUAAGAAAGAAACACUUUUUAGAAGUACAGUCAGGAAAGGAUUAAUAUAAGAUUACACAGGAAAUUUUUUCUAAGAAUUUUUUCUCGAACACUGGAGUUGAUAAAAAAAAAAAAAUUCUGAGUUUAUUCGGACCAAGAUUUCGUCCCGAAAACUCGAACCAUUUUCAGAUCCUUAUUUAUGCAAAAAUAUUAAAAAAAAUUGUUUAAUAACAUAUAAUUAUGCAAAAAAAAACGGAACUAUAUUCCUUACAGUAAAUACUUUAUCUAAAAAUUGAUGAUAAAAUAUUGCAAUUGGAUUUUAUGUCUCGUAAAAUAUUUGAAAAACGUUAUAAAAUGCGUAUUUAAGGAUCGAUCAUAUAAAUCAUGGAGAUUCGAGAAUUCGUUGCGACGAAACGAAAUGUUAAUGUAUCCUCUAUGAUCUGUAUUUAUUCCAAUUUCCUUUCCGGGAGUUUGGCUAAGAUUCUACGAAUGCAGAGACAGACUGUGAUCCGCUUUGGGUGUCCUUAGUCUUCGAGAGCUGUUUAAUGAGUGAGAUUUCGAGUUAACUAAUUGAAAAACAGAAAAAAAAAAAAAAAAAAAAAAAAAAAUAAGAAAAAGAAUAGAAAAAAGGUGAGCACGUGUGCAUGUGUGUGAGAGAAAGAGAGAGCAGAACAUGUUUUGCGUGAACAUAAGAAAAAAAGAUGAUUUUGCGAUGCAUGCAUGAUAUUUAAGAGGAAAAAAAGAAAGAGGGAGAGAAAUACGCGAUCCCUUGUAUGUGUAGCUUAAAUAAAAUAAAUUAUUGGUUGAUGAUGUUA